AUGGUUGUCCUGCUGGUAGGAUACCGUGCAGGCAGGGAGAUGGAAGAAGGAGGCGCGGCGCGGCGCGAAGGAGCGCACGGGAAAAUCGAGAAUGGCGAUGGGGACGCGCGGGAGGGGAGGGGGGAACGGGGGAGCGCAGACGGGAAGAGGCAGCGGUGCGAGGGCGGGGAGACGGCGCCGCGUCACGACGAGAGGAGCGCGUUUCCAGCCGUCACGGCGGAUAUGAUCGCUGUUGCUGAGGAGAUGGAGGGCGUCAGGUUCUCCGAUCUGUUUGAUGGCCAAGUGGGUGACGUGGCGGUCAUUGAUUGGCCGCCUGUUUCAUCUCAAGGAGCCGGAACAGGAGCAGGCGGAGGGGUGUUUGAUGCACUGCCAGCACAGUUCACCCGUGUCAAGGUUCAAUCAUCUCCUUGCUCCAAGACGUGGCCUGACAUACCCACAGGAGGCAGCAGCAGCAGCAGCGGUGCUGCUAGUAGCACAGGGACCACAGAGGAUGGGAGCAGAGGGGUGGGGAGUGGAGGAAUGGGGAGAGGUGGGACAGCAGGGAGUGAGCAGCACAUGCAUGCAUGGCUGUCCAGUGUGUUUGACUCUCUGCCGCUGCUCGUGCACUCGAGUAAACAGUCAGAGCUUCACUCCAAGGUAAGGCCAUGUGAGCUCAUUUCCAAGGUAAGGCCAUGUGAGCUCAUUUCCAAGUGCCACCUGCAGCAGCACUUCACAGCGUGCCUGGCUCGCUUGCGCCCCUCUCCUCCUGUAGCGGCCAUGGUUGCCCGGGAGAGGCUCAAGACGCUCGUGCGGCGCAGUGCUGCUGUGCUCUUGCAGCCUAGUGCUGCUGUGCAGCCUAGUGAUGCUGUGCAGCCUAGUGCUGCUGUGCAGCCUAGUGCUGCUGUGCUGUUGCAGGUGGGUGUGGGGGGUGGGAACAGGUGGUGGAUUUGGGGUGGGCGAGCAGCACAGGUGGCACGGGAGCAUGCGAGGACCACUGGAGAAGCGUCUGUUUUUGUGCAGCAGGUGCAUGCAUGCUCCCUAGAGAGCAUCAGAUACGACUCCAUUCUGCACAUUGAUUCCGCUGCUCCCUCCUCCCUCGUUCACCCUCUCCCUUCCCGAGCCUCCUCCUUCCGAGCCUCUCUUGUGUCCCCUGAGGAAUGGGAACGUUUGGCUCGUGACCUGCACCUGCCCUCUGUUUCCCAUGCCAUCCAUCUGCUGCUGCCUCUAGGCCUUCCUCCUCCCCUUCUCUCCCAAACGCUCCUUCAAUUGUAUAGCAAGGAUGCCUUUGGGUGUGUGAAGAGGCUGAAUCAAGUGGACAUGUCAAUAAGACUCAACGACGCUACCUUUGAUGUUCCCCAGGCUCUUUUUGACAGGUUUGUUCGCGAUGCUGCUGUGAAUUUCUGGCAGAGCACCACGAAUGCUAGUAGAUACUUGCAAAAAAGAGUCUGA